AUGAUCAAAGAGUUUGGACUUGCAAAAGCCACACCAGUGAAAGUGCUUAUGGACACUCAUACUAAGCUGACACCUAGUUUGGGUGAUCCUCUCCCUGAUGCAGAAAUCUAUCAAAGAUUGGUGGGAAAAUUAUUGUACUUAACUGUAACAAGACCUGACAUCAGCUUUGCAGUUCAAGUUCUGGCCCAAUUCAUGCAAGCUCCAACCACAGCUCACCUGCAAGCAACCAAGAGAGUACUGAGGAGGUCUACUACAGGAUACUGCAUUCUGUUGGGGGAUUCACCAGUGUCAUGGAAAGCUAAGAAACAGUCACUGGUAGCUAGGUCUUCAGCUGAAGCAGAGUACAGAGCAAUGGCUCUUACCAUCUGUGAAGUGACUUGGCUAAAUUAUUUGCUGAGAGACUUGGGCAUCAAAAAUCUUGGGCCUACUAUUCAGACUUUUGUCUUGCUUUGGCUUUUAUCUCCGCCAUUGUUGUUGUACUCUGUUGCUUCUGCAACUUUUUUCUUAAAGAUUUCAUAA